CCAGCGGCGCACACACACGCAUGAAAGUGAGACUUCCAGCAGGUUUUAUCAGCAGUUUCACCACCAACAGACAGAGUCAGUGAGUAGGAGACAGAUAAGUGGAGGGCAGCUCUCGAAUGACGGUGGACGGUCCUCCUCUGACAUAAUUACCGGGACAUUUUUGACGUGCUGGGCUUCACUCGGUACACAGCUCUGCGUGUUGACGGCUGGAAACCAACGUUUGAUAUUUCAUUAGAAACGAGCAGGCAGCUCACUGGCACAACAACGACCAGUUUAGUCUUAAAGAUACGACAAAGAUGACAAGGAGAGACAGUCGGACUAAGUUUUUAUCCGUCUUUUUUCUGACUUGCUGUUAAAACCCGGCUGUCAGCUCAUCCAGCGUCGCUUGAAAUUGAAAAUGCGUCGCGCUUGAGCUUCACCUCCAGAAGCAUUGGAUAAUGGCCAGUUCACUCGCAGCAGGAAGACUUGAAUGAAGUGAAAUAUUACUGUGGAUGUGAUCAUCAGCAAUAAGGUUCCAUUGUCCAUACAUGGAGAGCAGCCUAUGGACCUAAGUGUGACCCAGAGGUUCUUACAUCCAAGCCAAGAUUCGGCCAUGCUGGCCCCCCGCCCUCCCUUCUUUCUGGGACCCCUUACCCCUCAGCAUUGCUCCCAGUUCUCCCAGUAUAACAGUGAGCACAGGAAGAGGGAGAUGGAGGAGGAGAAAAGAGAAGAGCUACAACAGCUGAUACGAAAGAAAAAGGAUGAACAGAGUGCUGUCGCCAGCCCUCUGGUAAGGCAGAAACUUCGGGAACACAUAAUUAUGAAGAGCCAGCCCACCCAUGACAGAGUUACUCCCAACCACUGCAGUCCUACACCAGGAUACAGGCUCCCGGUUCCUGACAUAUCCCCAAAGCCUCAGCCUACACCCUGUGACCAGCGUAAUAACCUCGCCCUCCGCAGGACAGUCUCUGAGCCCACUCUGAAGUGGAAGAUAAAGAAGCUCAUCAGUACGAGGCCAAACCCACUGCAGAGGAAGAUCAGUGCCCCUCCCGCUGUCAAGCACAGGACAGAAACUCUGGAUUCCUCACCCAGCAGCAGCACCCCAGCAUCAGGGAGCAGCUCACCCAAUGACAGCCUCCAUUCAGAUAACGGCUCUCUGGCACAUGAGGCACAGAGGUUGCUGCUGAAGAAUGGCAAUUUGGCUCAUUACACCAUGCCUCCCAACCCCACAGCCAUGCCCAACAUCACUGCUGGACUUCCCGCACAUGCUGACCUCCGGGUAGCAAGGCCAUUGGCAGUAUCUGCCCUGCAUCAGGUCUACCUGCCUCUAGAAGGCAGCAAUCCAGCCUCGGGCCAGCACCUGCAGCCUGUUCUCAUACUGGAACCACAUACCGGACUGGUGCACUCCCAACUUGUCUCUCUUCAUGGUUUGAGCUCCGUUCCUCUGCAGCAGCAGCCUCAUCUGUCCAGAAGGGAAGGUGUGGUCACCUUGUCCUCCCACAGACCCCUGGAGCGAACACGUUCAGAGCCUCCACCCUACAGCCAUUCACCCCUUACUCUGCAUGCUAGUCAUCACUCACACACCCAGCACCACCUGCCUCAGCUUUACCACAAGAGCGGGCCGGAGAGGUUCAAGCAGAAUGCACACCUGAGCAAGACAAGCAAGUCCAUUGAGAAGCCUCGUCUGACACAGAUCCCAUCGGAAGACAUGGACCUGGAGGAGAUCGGAUCAGGAUCUGGCUCAGGGCCAGGGUCUGUGUGUAGCUCAGAACCAGGCUCAGUGUGUGAGGACAACUACCGCAGGAGACAGAGCACUGCCAGCUCCGACUCAGUUUACGACACAGAGUCCACUACCUCCUCUCGGGAGAGCUUGAUCGAGGCCUCACAUUCCCUCAGUCAGAGGCAGUUGAUCCUUAGGCCAAGUCUCUAUCUGGACCCCCCGGGUGUAUCUGCCCUAAUUUGGCCUCACCAACCUCUGGUUCGGACCCAGUCCUCCCCAGCCUCCACCUCCCUGCCUCCUCCUCCACAUCCACCCACCACCAUACCUUCUCUGUCUCUGUCCAGCCCUGCUGCAGACACCCAGCUACAUUUCACCACAGGUCUGGUUUAUGACGCUCAGAUGCAGAAGCACCAGUGUACCUGUGGGGACAACAGCCGCCACCCUGAGCAUGCUGGGAGGGUUCAGAGCAUCUGGUCCAGACUACAUGAAAGAGGUCUCAGGAGCCAGUGUGAGCGUAUCCGCAGUAGGAAGGCCACUCUUGAAGAGUUGCAGUCAGUCCAUUCAGAGAAACAUGUGCUUCUGUUCGGCACCAACCCGCUCAACCGCCUCAAGCUGGACAACCGCAAGCUGGCUGGAAUCAUAUCCCAACAGAUUUUUGUGAUGUUACCAUGUGGAGGAGUUGGGGUAGAUAUAGAUACAAUCUGGAAUGAACUUCACACAUCAGCGGCUUCCCGCAUUGCUGCAGGAUGCGUCACUGACCUGGCACUAAAGGUGGCACAAGGAGAGCUGAAGAAUGGCUUUGCAGUGGUGAGGCCCCCUGGACACCAUGCCAACCACUCCUCCCCGCUGGGCUUCUGUUUCUUCAACUCUGUUGCCAUCGCUGCCAAACAGCUCCAACACAAACUCAACGUCAGCAAGAUCCUCAUCGUGGACUGGGACAUUCACCAUGGCAACGGCACCCAGGAAGCCUUCUACAAUGACCCGAGUGUGCUGUACAUCUCUCUACAUCGCUUUGACGAUGGAAACUUCUUUCCCGGUAGUGGACAUCCCAGUGAGGUGGGUGCAGGUGCAGGCGAGGGCUUCAAUGUGAACGUAGGAUGGACAGGGGGUUUGAACCCUCCCAUGGGUGAUGCAGAGUACCUGGCUGCCUUCAGAGCCGUGGUGAUGCCCAUUGCGCACGAGUUUUCCCCUGAUGUGGUGCUCGUGUCAGCUGGCUUUGAUGCCGUCGAAGGACAUUCGUCAUCACUGGGAGGCUACAAGGUCACAGCCAAGUGUUUUGGCUUCCUCACCCGUCAGCUGAUGUCACUGGCCGGGGGUCGGGUGGUCCUAGCUCUGGAGGGGGGACACGACCUCAAAGCCAUCUGUGAUGCCUCUGAAGCUUGCGUCAGCGCCUUGCUGGGCAUGGAAGUGGAGCCUCUGUCCCAGACUGUGUUGGACCAGAAGCCUUGUGAAAACGCUGUCAAGUCACUGCAGAGAGUCAUCCAGGUUCAGGGUGAGUACUGGCAGAGUGUAAAGGACUCGGCCGACACAGUGGAUCUGUCCUACCUGCAGGCGCAGAGACGGCGGCUGAGACGAGACUCUGACAGUGAGGCUGUCAGCGCCAUCGCCUCGCUGUCGAUGGGUGCUGACAGGAAGCAGUCAGAAAAACUGACAGAGAAAGUUGAUUCUCUCUGAAGAAAGAGCCUCCUGCCUUCAGCCUAGUCUCAGUGGAAACACACACACACACACACACACACACACACACACACGCACACACAUACACACACAGAGCUUUACAUUUGGACCAUCACUGGAAGCAGAUGUCCUCCUCUUUCUCAGUUCAACCACUGUAUUCAUCACCUCACAAAAACUCCUCCACCUGCAUUACUACUGGCUGCAGUCAGACCAAACACACAACAUUUAUCUGGGCAACAUUCGUAUUGUCAUGACGUCUCCGAACGUCACUGAACUGAGAAGAAAUUGUAAAGGAAGACAACCUGAGGCAGAUUAAUGAAGGAUCUUCACUCUAUUGUGGCAUUGGGAGCUGACAACGUGACGUAGCAUGAACACACACUUGACAAAGCACAGCUCUGCGACUUUAAACAUUCACCUUGUAAAUGAUUCCCACAAGAUCUGCGAGAGACCGUCCGGACUGUCGUAACCUUGAAGGUGGGGGUCAAAGAUCACCUCGGCUUACUGCAGGACGUGCCGGUGAAGGACAGCAGACUCUGCACUUAAAACACAUCCCGCUAUGAUGAUGUCAUUUGUCCGCAUGUGACAAAAAUCCCAUGAAGGAAAAAGAUCAGGAGUCUCUGAUCGUUUUGCACUGUACCGUUCUGUAAUGUGAACUGGAUGAGAUGGAAGAGACUGCAGCCUCAUCGGCUAUGUUGACAAUCAAACGUUUUGUUUGCUCAUAUUUUUUUAGUUUAUUUGAAUAUUCAUUAGUUUGACCUAUGGCACACAUUUUUGUGGAUGUCAGCAGGAGAUUUUUUUUUUUUUUAAAGAAUCCAGUAAGAGUGAAGCUACAGCGAAGUCUGAGAUACAUAUGUUUCAUAUUGUUUUGUAUGUCCACAUAUUUUCUUAAAUCUUUUUUUUUUUUUCUUGGCCUGUCAGGCGAGGCACAUGCAGAAAGACUUUAGAUCGCUGCAGUUAUUGUUGUAGCUCCCCAGCAGAUAAAAGAAGAAAUAGCAGUCUUUGAUGAAGUGCAUCUUAAAUGUGUAGACAUACUGUAGUUUGUAUCGGUGGCAUUAGUCACAGUGAAGAGCUAAUACCUCUAGAGUCACUGGUGUAUCAAUAUCAGGGGAGAAAGUAAUUACUCUGAAAGGUUCCUGACAGAGAUUCUUUACACGUCAGCAAAGACAGAAAUCACCCAUGAUGACUCAGUGCAGCGUGACCACUCAGAAAUGAUUGUAUAUGAGACAAUGCAGAUCUCCGUUAUCAGGAAAUUAAUUUUUAACAUUCUGGAUGAGACUCAUCCCAAGGCUGCAUGACAAAUACACACUUAAAGUGCACUUACAGUGCCCUCAGGACGGGAGGAUCAGAAUAACUUGGGUCUUAAAAUCCAAAACUUUGAUAAUGUUUGUUACGCGGACCAUUGAUUCUACCUGUGGACGAGCAUUCCUGCUGUAUUUUGUAAAUUUAUUUUAUACUUUUAUUUCUUUCAACAACAAGGACAAACGGAUUCGUCCUGUUUGUCACUGACGUAGCGGUUCUAUUUACCGUCAGCGUCUGGGAUGUUUCGCUCCCCGGACCAAACAACAUUUUAGCAGUUAAGAUAGAGCAGUAAUACUGAGAUAGUUGAAUAUCCUCACAGUGCAAUUGGACACAGGUUAAGCGCAACCAAAGUUUAUGAGAACAAUGUGCCGUCCCUGGACUGGCAUGGCUUAAAGAACUUCAAAGACUUUGGAGAGUUUGUGAAUGUUUCUUUUGUUUCAGUUGAACAGCACCAAAAGCACAAGAUGAAUAUAUAAACAAAUUCAUUUUCAAAUUAAAAAAAAAAAAAAAAAAAUCUACAGGACUUCUAUUUAUACAUUCAGAUUUUGUGUCUUUGAAGUGCUCUUUGCAUGUCUAACACAAUUUUGACGGUGCUAUGAAUUAUUUUUUUUUAAGUUCAGUAUGUUUGCUCUUUUAUUUCUUUAUUUCUUUACGUUGCAUUAUGUGUGUGCAACUCAAAACCUGUCAAAUCUUUGUUAAUGUAAUAAAAAUGUGAAAACAAAUGAUGAGAGCGUGGAGCGGUUUCAGCUCCAUAUUAUGUGUAUGACAGUCCGACAGGGGAGUGUAGCUUUACGUAGUUUUAACAUUUAUGACAGUGACCUGACAUAUCUAACGUCUUAUCUUUUGUCUUAAUUAAUGCAAAUGACUUAUUUUUGUAUUUGAAAAUCCCCAAAAUGAACCCUGUGUGUACUUAGAGACCAAAUUAUCAGCCCAUGUGCCUUGAAGUAUCAUGCUGACCAACCUGUGUGAAGGUAGCUUUAACAAACUGGAUCUUAAUUAAAACUGCAGGCAAAGUCCAGUUUUGUCCUAACUGACUCUGAUUUUGUUUCUGUACAGUGUACAUAUUGACUUGUUUGUUUUUUGUCUGCCUUUUGUCUUUUCUACUAUUUUUGUUUCCAAAAAAAAAAAAA